UUCUACCAUGCCAAACUUUGUUGGUGACCCUUCGGUGGUCAAGACAAAAGGAGCACCCAAGGGGAAAAAGGAGAGGGGUAAACGGAGGUGCACUAAAUGCAACAGUGCUGGUCAUGUAAAGAAUAAAUGUCCUGUGAGGAAUGAUGGUGACGAUUUGGGGGAUAAGACUGGUAAUGGCGCGCAAGCUAGCUUUGGUACCAAGGAGGAGCUUCCCAAGGACCCUAUGGCUUCUCAAGAGACAUUAGCAGUGCCAAAUACAGAAGUAAAUGUACCUAUGCAGCAAGAGUCUGGGCUAGGUGAUUCAGGAUUGAUUAAUGGCCAUGAGAAUCCCAUCCCACUGUAUGGAAGUCAUCAGUGGCUAUUACAGGUAUAAAUUUAAAGAGAUGAAUAAUUGCAUUGAGAGAAACUUAGUGUUUUGGUAAGUCUUAAACUAUUUGAAAUCACAU